AUGUCCGACGACUGGGGAGAUUACUCCGAUUACAUAGAGGUACGUAACUCUCCCUUCGUGUAGCAAUGGGGAUAGCUCCCUGCUCUGUCAACGUUUGGGGUUUUAAAAACUGGCCCUGCUCCUCUGCCUUUAAGCCAGGGUGAGCUGGUGGGGAGUUGAGAAAAAGGGCAAGCAUCCUGCGCCUUUAAUAGCGAUGCAGAAGAGGAAGGUAUAGCUUGUUGCUCAGAGCACACGCUGUCAAAAUCACCUCUUCUACCACAUGCCAAUUAAAAGCACAGGAGCCCCUGUCCUGUUUGUCACUUGGCCACCUUUAAGAGCAGGCUGAGACACAACAUUAGCGAUGUUCACAUACACACACUCGCAGACGCCCGUUUACCUGGGGUUGGCUUGGAAUAAGAAAGCUGUUUCCCAAAUUGUGAAGGGUUGCCAACUUUUCUUUCAGCCAGGGCUCUUCUGCCUCUCACCGGUGAAUUAUAGGCUGGAACCCAUUCGUUCAGCACCUGCUUAAAGUCCUCCCUUAUCAGUGGGACUCCAGGCAUGGCUAUUUUGGGUUGGAUCCUGUGCCUUUGCUGCCGGGGGAGGAGUGCUAACCUUUUUGGGGUUGGCUGACACAUUGGCCCAGGGUCAGUCCUGGGUGUUGGGAUGAGGGUGUCACACGUUAAAUUGGGGGGGGGGGGGCUUGGUGAGAACAUGUGGAGUCCUCAAGGCAGCCUGCCAAAAGGUUUUCCCACCGGCGACCCAAACUCUUUGACAGAUUCCCCCCCCCCCAUUCAUUCAUUGUUAAAUAUGGUAAAUAAUGUCGAAGUUAAAAUUUGGGGUGGGGGGAUAACAAAAACAAAACAAAACCUCUCUUCUUUACAUUCCAACUCAGAAUUUUUAUAAUUCAUUCAUAGUCAAAUCUGGCAAAUAAAUAAAUAAAUUCAAAGUUUGAAAUUUGGGAGGGUGACCCUCCAAAACGAUUUUUACAUUACAGGAACAGGGACUCACUGUCUGUGAAAAAAUGGGGAAAAAAAUGAAAAUGUUUAAUGGACACAUUUUGAUGGGACUGGGGAGGGCAUAUAAAGCCCUUUUGGUAUCACAGUAUCACGGGUCUAGGUCAGCAAACAUCGCCGUUGCCUUUAUUUUAAUCAACAUUUUGUUUGUGUUAUAUGUGUAUGACGCAGUGGAGGGCUGGGCGGAGGCACCUAAAAAGGUUUCGGCAUCUUGACCCCAUAGUAGGGGACUCUCAGGAGCAGACAGUUUUAUUAAAAGCUGAAAUAAAAACGGCGAGACAUUUUUGGUGGCGGUGGGGAAUGUAUUGAGUGACCACGAGAAAACCCUUUUGUGGGGGUGAUGGCGCCAGAUGAAACCCACAGACCAGCUGCUGCUGCUUCUUCAUUUGCCUCCAAACCUUUGAAAAUUACGAAACCCAGUGGCUUUGUCCCAAAUUAAAAAAAAAUGUGCCGUGAAUUUGUGCUGGAAGAUUUCCUUCAGGACGAGUGAGUUGAAUCCCCAGAGACUCCCCAGCUCACUGUCUCCCUCUCUCCUUCCUAGUACUCCACGGGCUACCCCGAAAUUGACCCCGGAACAGCCCCCUGCACACAAGAUGAGGUGGGCGCCUUCUCUCGUUAUUUUGGCCCUGUGGUUUUCUCCGUGGCCUUUGUGGUGGGCUUGGUGGGCAACGGCCUUGUGCUGGCCAUUUUGGGCCGGCGCCCUUGCCCUUGGCUCUUCGCGGACUGCUACCUCUUCCAGAUGGCCGUCGCGGAUCUGCUGCUAACCUUCACUCUCCCUUUCCGCGCCGUCCAGUUCACCCAGGGCUGGGUGUUUGGAGAAGUCUCCUGCAAGCUCGUGGGCGCCAUUUCCACUGUGAACAGCUACAGCACCGUCUUCCUCCUGACGUGCCUCAGCGUGGAACGCUACCUGGUCAUCAUCCAUGCCAUGCAGCUCCACCACCUUGUGAAACUUCCCCACAUGUACCUGCUCUCCACCCUCGUGUGGAUCGCCUGCUUCGGCCUGUCCGUGGUGGACCUCCAUUUCCGUUCCGCGACCUACGCGCCGCAGGCCGGAGCCGUCAUCUGCCACCUGAGAUUCGACGCCCGACAAGCCGAGUCUUGGCGGCUGGGCCUGCGCUUGGUUUCCUUCCUCUUCGGCUUCUUCUUGCCUCUCCUGGUAAUGGCGGUCUGCUAUUUCCGCGUCUUCCAUCGCCUGCGGCAAGCCAACAUCUUCUGCAGGCACCAGGCCGUGCGUAUCCUGCUGGUAAUUCUGGUUCUCUUCGUCCUCUGCUGGGCGCCCUUCCAUGGAUUCAUCUUCGUGGACAGCCUGCAGCGCCUUGGCCACGUGGCCCGAGACUGUGCCAGGGAGAAGAUUCUGGAUUUUGGGUUGCUUUUCACAGAGAGCAUGGGCCUGGUCCACUGCUGCCUCAACCCCCUGGUGUAUGCCCUCAUGGGGGUCAAGUUCCGGAGAGAGCUUUCCAGGUUGUUCUGUUGUCGGGACAGGGAUAUAGAACGCCAGCGCAGGAUCUCCGACUGGGAAUUCAGCCAAGCCACAGAGCACACCAUCACCCGACCCGUAGACUAUUCCAUCAUGAUGUGA